AUGUCCCUCGCGCACGGUUUCCGCGUCGCCGUGAGUGACAGAUCGUCGCUCAUCGCGUCCGCCGCGACCGAUCGCGCGCGCGCGUCGACGCGCCGUGGGAGAGAAUUCCUCCCCACCGCUUCGAAGAGUGCGCUUCCUUCGUCGACCGUCUCGUCGUUCGACGCGCGUCGAGGCCCCGCGCGCGCUCGGAGAGCGAUCGUGACUCGCGCUGAGCGUGAGACCCGAUUGGUGUCGGUGCUCACGUCUCUGCCGAGACGAUUGGAGCUGUACUUUGCUCGGAGGUCGUAUCGGGUGACGCUCUGGCGAGCGAUCAGCGUCUUCUUCGGGUUCUACUUGGCGAACGUGAUGACUCUGAGCUUUGGGGCUUUAGGGAUCAACGACGUCGUCGCGGGGGCGCUGAGCGUUGCAUUUUACGAGAUCGUGACGAGGAUUUAUUACUCGACGCUGCAGCAGAAUAAGUGGUUGGAGUUCGUGAACUGGUUCAAGGUUGGGUACUGUUACUCCCUGAUCGCGGAUGCGUUCAAGCUCGGAUCGUGA